AUGAAAGAACGUCUAAUUCAAUAUCGAAAACUGACAACUUUUGGUUUGAAAAGGCUCAUCGACGAAAAUGUAAAUCCAUGUGACAAUUUUUAUCGUCACGCUUGUCCACUCCGUAGUAUCAAAGGUCGGUAUAUAGAAGACGCGUAUGAAAGAAAAUUGUUCAAAUUGAAAGCCAAAACUGCAGAAGCCGUCUGGAAUAACUUGGCUAUUCAGGAGACGUUUGAACGAGCUCACUACAAAGAGUUUCCGUCACUUCAUGUCUUCAUAGCAAAAUUGUUCCAAAAACAAUGUGAAACUGAGAAUGUUACAACUGAAGAAAAAGGAAAAUUUUUAGAGCUCAUCCAAGAGACCUGGUUUAAUCACAAGAAUUCUGAGUGUGUGUAUUCAGAAUGCUUAGGCGCUCUAGCAUCAGACCGAAAUUGCACUCGAGCUGCUGAACUGCUGGAAUCCAAACUAUAUUAUAGACCUUGGGAGGAAUUCACAUCUACUUUGCGAGUCUUUUUUAUCCAAACUGAAAAUAACUUAGAAGGUAUCAAUGCUAUUCUUGAUGAUGAUCUGAGAGAAGGUGUCUCCAACGUCAAGAACAUUGUUGAAACAAUGAAGAAAAAGCUUUUGACAUGGAUUCAACAAACACCUUGGGUGAUAAAUAACGAGGCUAUCGAAAGUAUUAUGGCCGAGGCUGAGCAGGUUCAUCAUUAUGACAACUUCGCAAAAACGUUCCGUUAUAAUUUAAACCUAUUGCUGAAACUAGAGCAAUCAUAUUUAAAAUGUUUGAGAGAUUUGGACGAUACCGAGGAAUUAAGAGUGUUCUGUAUGCUUGCAGCAACAAAUAACAUUGAUUUUAAAACAAUAAGUAUGGAUUUCUUCACAUUUUACAACGCUAUGAACGGACACCCAAAUCUUUACUUCUCGCAUCUUUUUUAUGAUAUGGCAAAGAACGUUGAAUCACCUGCAGCCCUGCUAGGGAGUGUUGGAUUUAUCGCUGGACACGAACUCAGUCAUUCCUUGAUUGAAAACGCCAAUCAUCCCGAUCUUAUUCCAUAUUUCUCUAAUGAUUCUAUGCAAUGCAUUCAGAAUCAAUACCAGACAACUUGUGAUAACUUCAAAGAAACCUCUUGUGGUGCCAAUGACAACCAAAUUGAUGAGAACGGGUCAGACAUUCUUGGUAUCCAAUUGGCGUACAGUUUGUUUGAGGACAUUUAUUCAGAAAAAAAGAAGGAUGAAUAUAUCCGACUACGUUACAACAAUACAAUUACAAAUGACCAAUUGUUCUUCUAUUCGCUCGCUUUUAUUUCUUGCAAAGGAGAACCUGGAACCCAAAAUGAAAUGGAUCCACAUUCUCCAUGGAACAUCAGAAUAAAUGCUGUCGUUCAGCAUCCCGGCUUCAGAGAUGCUUUUAAUUGUGACGCUAAUUCUCCUAUGGUUCAAUCAUUUAAUGAUCAGUGUGUCAUCUUCGGUGAGAAUGCUCCACAGACUAGGAAGUGA